CUAACAGCGCUCGGACGAUGGAGGCAGACGGACCCACUGUGUCUCUCGGGGACACAGACCCGUCCAAACCCGGGCCGAGGUCUCAGUCCUUAAAGUCCGACCGGUCCAUGGUUCUUCCUUUAGUCUUCAAACAGAAGGACCAGACCAGAACCAGGGACACAGACCCGUCCAAACCCGGGCCGAGGUCUCAGUCCUUAAAGUCCGACCGGUCCAUGGUUCUUCCUUUAGUCUUCAAACAGAAGGACCAGACCAGAACCAGGGACACAGACUCGUCCAGACCCGGGCCGAGGUCUCAGUCCCUAAAGUCCGAUCGGUCCAUGGUUCCUCCUUUGGUCUUCAAACGGAAGAUGAAGACCAGAACCAGUGACUGCUCCAUGGACCAGAAAGCAUUCUUCAGUCAAGAGCCUCCGGAGACCCACAGCAGACCAGACCCAAGUCCAGACCCAAGUCCAGAGCCCAGGGAGGAUCCAGAGGGUCCAGAGUCUCAGAGUUCAGAGUCUGAAGUGGACGAGGUGUUUCAGGUUCUGGAGGAGCAGGUCCUGAGGUUUGUCCAGCAGCAGCUGCAGAGGCUCCACAGGCUCCUGGCCUCAGAUUACCCAGAAUGCUCCGAGAGUGAGGAGGAGGAGAGCAGCGAGGUUCUGAACAUCACCCUGGACUUUCUGAAGAAGAUGGACAAAGAGCAUCUGGCCCAGCGUCUGAGGAACAGCUGUGCGACGGUGUGUAGAGACAAACUGAAGUCUGAUCUGCAGCAGAGGUUCAACCGAGUGUUUGAGGGCGUGGCUAAAGCAGGAGACUCCGCCCCCCUGACCCAGAUCUACACAGAGCUCUACAUCACAGAGGGCGGAGCCUCAGAGGUCAACCAGGAACAUGAGGUCAGACACGUGGAGGCUGCAUCCAGGAGACCGGCCGCUCCAGAGACCAUCACAUGUGAAGAGCUCUUUAAACCCCGCCCACAUUCACCACAGCCAAUCAGGACGGUGCUGACGAAGGGCGUGGCCGGCGUGGGGAAAACAGUGCUGACUCAGAAGUUCAGUCUGGACUGGGCUGAAGGCCGGGCCCACCAGGACCUCCAGCUGCUGUUCCCCUUCACUUUCAGAGAGCUCAAUGUGCUCAGAGACUCACAGUUCAGCCUGGUGGAGCUGCUGCACCACUUCUUCAGUCCAUCCAAAGAUCUCAGCAGCUUCCAACAGCUCCAGGUGCUCUUCAUCUUUGACGGUCUGGACGAGUGCAGACUUCCUCUGAACUUCAAACAAGCCCGGGUCCUGAGCGACCCCACAGAGUCCGCCUCAGUUCAAGUGCUGCUGGUGAACCUCAUCAGGGGGAAGCUGCUUCCCUCCGCUCUCCUCUGGAUAACCACGCGCCCCGCCGCGGCCAAUCAGAUCCCUGCUGAGUUCAUCUCCAUGGUGACAGAGGUCAGAGGGUUCACCGACCCCCAGAAGGAGCAGUACUUCAGGAAGAAACUCAGAGUCCAGGCCACAGCCGUCAUCUCCCACAUCAAGAGCAUCCGCAGCCUCCACAUCAUGUGCCACCUACCGAUCUUCUGCUGGAUCCUCUCCACAGUUCUACAGAAGCUUCUGGAACAAACAAAAGAACCAGAGCUGCCCCGGACUCUCACACAGAUGUACGUCCACUUCCUGGUGGUGCAGGCCAAAGUCAAGAACAUCAAGUAUCACCAGGGAUCAGGGGAGGACCUUCACUGGACUCCAGAGACCAGGGAGAUGGUGAAGUCUCUGGGAAAAGUGGCCUUUGAGCAGCUGCAGAAAGGAAACCUGAUCUUCUACGAGAGUGACCUGAGCGAGUGUGGGCUGGACGCUGCAGCGGCCUCACGGUACUCUGGAGUGUUCACACAGGUCUUUAGAGAGGAGCCAGGCCUGUACAAGGACAAGGUCUACUGCUUCAUCCAUCUGAGUGUGCAGGAGUUUCUGGCUGCUCUUCACGUCCAUCAGACCUUCACCGAGUUUGGGGUCAAUCUGCUGAAGGUCAAAACACCUUCAGUCUUCAAAACUAAAUCUAAACUAUCAGGUCUCCACAGCUCUGCAGUGGAUGAGGCCUUACAGAGUCCAAACGGACACCUGGACCUGUUCCUGCGCUUCCUCCUGGGGCUGUCUCUGCCGACCAAUCAGAAGCUGCUGCAGGGUCUGCUGACUCACACAGGAAGUGGCUCCAGGACCAAUCAGAAGACAGUAAAGUACAUCAAACAGAAGCUGAAUGAAAAGGGUCUGUCUGCAGAGAGAAACCUGAACCUGCUCCACUGUCUGAACGAGCUCAACGACCAAAGUCUGCUGGAGGAGAUACAGAAGAAGAUGAGAGAAGGACAUCUCUCUGAUAGAGACAUGUCUCCUGCUCUGUGGUCGGCCCUGUCCUUCCUCUUACUGUCCUCAGACUCAGACCUGGAGGAGUUUGACCUGAGGAAAUACCAGGCCUCAGAGAACGCUCUCCUGGGUCUGCUGCCGGUGGUCAAAGCCUCCACCAAAGUCCUUCUUUGUGGCUGUGGUCUGUCUCCUCACAGCUGUGCUCCUCUGGCCUCAGUCCUCAGCUCCUCCAGUCUCACACAUCUGGAUGUCAGUCUCAACGCCCUCCAGGACUCAGGAGUGAAGCUGCUGUGCUCUGGACUGGAGAGCGCCCCCUGCAGACUGGAGACGCUCAGUCUUUGUGGCUGUGGUCUGUCUCCUCACAGCUGUGCUCCUCUGGCCUCAGUCCUCAGCUCCUCCAGUCUCACACAUCUGGAUCUCACCAACAACGACCUGCAGGACUCAGGAGUGGAGCGGCUGUGUUCUGGACUGAAGAGCGCCCCCUGCAGACUGGAGACGCUCAGUCUGUCUGGAUGUCUGGUGUCAGACGGGGGCGGCGCUGCUCUGGUCUCAGCUCUGAGCUACGGCGUCUUCCACCUCAGGAAGUUAGACCUGAGCUACAACCAUCCAGGACCAUCAGCAAAGCUCCUGACCGCGCUACGGAACCAGCGCCCCCUGCUGUCUGUCAGGUUGGAUCCUGCUGGACAGCGCUGGAUGGUCCCAGGUCUGAGGAAGUACGCCUGUGACGUUUCUCUGGACCCAAACUCCGCUUACAAACGUCUCCUUCUGUCUGAGGACCAUCGCACUGUGACCUGUGUGACGGAAAAGCAGAAGUAUCCAGAUCAUGAGGACAGGUUCACAGACUGGCCCCAGGUCCUGAGCUCCUCCGGCCUGAGGGGGCGCUGUUACUGGGAGGUGGACUGGAGCGGGGCCUGGGGGGUUUCUAUCGCGGUGAGUUACAAAGGGAUCAAACGGAGCGGAGAGGGAGACGAGAGCGGGUUUGGAGACAACGCUCAGUCCUGGAGUCUGAAGAUCGGUGAUGGAGGUUACAGCGUCUGCCACAAGCGACGGGAAACACACAUCCAGGACUCGCUCAUCUCAGGACGAGUGGCCGUGUUCCUGGACUCUGAGGCCGGAGCUCUGACCUUCUAUAAGGUUUCCUCUGAUGGAGGUCUGUGCCACCUCCACACCUUCUCCUCCUCCUUCAGUAAGCCUCUGUUUCCAGGGUUUGGACUGGGGUUUGGUUCCAAAGUGACUCUGGUGAAGCUGGGAACAGGAAACUGA